GCUACACAUACCCAUACAGAUGGAAAGGCAGUGUUACUACAGUUGAGAAAACAUUAUGGUUUACUAAAAUGAAUUAUUAUCAACCUGUAGAUCUGAAAACAGACUCAGAAUAUUCAGGUCGUGUGCAGUACAGUUAUAAAAACAAGGACUGCACUCUGAGAAUCUCAGACCUGAGAGAGAGAGACUCAGCUGUGUACAAGUUCAUGUUCACAACAAACCAAGAAGGUGGAAGAUAUAUCAGUUCACCUGGAGUCACUUUGUCUGUCACAGCAGCUCUGCAGGUGCAGGUGAUCAGAGUCUAUCAGUCUCAGACCAAGGCAGAGCUGAAGUGUCACAGCAGCUGCAGUCCAGCUGGUCGUCUCUCCUACGUCUGGUUCAAGAACAGAGAACACAUUACCUGGGUGGAGACAUCUACUUAUACAACCUGGUUUAAUCCCACAGACGUCUUCUCCUGUGCGUUGAAAGGACAUGAGAAGUUCCCCUCUCCUUCAGUGUUGAUACAGGGUCAGGAUGGCUGGGGGGUAACUUCCACCUCUACUCCGAUCUGUGCUUUUAAAGGAUCAACAGUGAACAUACACUGCAGCUACACAUACCCAUCCUGGUGGAAAGGCAGUGUUACUACAGUUGAGAGAACAUUAUGGUUUACUAAAAUGAAUUAUUAUCAACCUGUAGAUCUGACAACCGACUCAGAAUAUUCAGGUCGUGUGCAGCACAGUUCUAAUGACAAGGACUGCACUCUGAGAAUCUCAGACCUGAGAGAGAGAGACUCAGCUGUGUACAAGUUCAGGUUCACAACAAACCAAGAAGGUGGAAGAUAUAUCACUUCACCUGGAGUCACUUUGUCUGUCACAGCUCUGCAGGUGCAGGUGAUCAGAGUCUAUCAGUCUCAGACCUAUGUAGAUCUGAAGUGUCACAGCAGCUGCAGUCCAGCUGGUCGUCUCUCCUACGUCUGGUUCAAGAACAGAGAACACAUUACCUGGGUGGAGACAUCUACUUAUACAACCUGGUUUAAUCUCACAGACGUCUUCUCCUGUGCGUUGAAAGGACAUGAGAAGUUCCCCUCUCCUUCAGUGUAUGGUCCAAAGCUUCCCUCUGUGUCAGUGAGUCCCUCUGCUGAGAUAGUGGAGGGCAGUUCAGUGACUCUGACCUGUAGCAGUGAUGCUAACCCAGCAGCUAACUACACCUGGUACAAGGAGAACCAAACACUGCCUCAUGGACAACAAGGCAUCUACCAUUUCACCUCCAUCAGCUCUGAGGACAGAGGGAACUACUACUGCAAGUCUGAGAAUCAGCACGGACACAUCAACUCUACAUCUCUAUUUAUAGAUGUCCAGUAUGGUCCAAAGCUUCCCUCUGUGUCAGUGAGUCCCUCUGCUGAGAUAGUGGAGGGCAGUUCAGUGAAUCUGACCUGUAGCAGUGAUGCUAACCCAGCAGCUAAAUACACCUGGUACAAGGAGAAUGAAGACUCACCAAAAGCAUCAGGACAGAUCUUCACCAUCACUGAUGUUAGACCUGAACACAGUGGGAAUUAUUACUGUGAAGCCCAGAACAGAAGAGGACGUCAGAGCUCCACCUUACAUCAGAUUUUUGUAGCAGGUUCUAUGAAAUCAGUAGCUGCUGGAUCCAUCACUGCUAUUUUCCUGGCUAUCAUAUUCCUCUGUGCCUUCCUAUUUAUUAGAAGAAAGAGGUCCUCGAAACGAACCACGGAGCCUGGAGAGAGACCAGACAACCAAGCUCAGGGUUCAGUGUAUGACAGCCCUUCAGCUCCAGUCCAGAGAACUCCAGCAGAGCAGCAGGACGACCUUUGCUAUGCCAGCGUGAGCUUCUCUAAAAACCAGGAAGAUGUUCUCUACUCCAACAUCAGGCUAGUUCAGCCCCACAGACACAAGGAGGAAGAGGAGGACGAGGAUGUGGAGUACACUGCUGUCAACUUUAAGAGUUCCAGUUCUACCACAGAAUCAGGAAAUCAAGAGGCUGUGGAGGAUUUAUCUGAACUGUACAGCACAGUCAGCAAACACCCAAGAGUUUGAACACAACACAAAUCUGUGGUCUCUUUAAAGGGCCGGGUUGGUAAUGUUGAAAAACUAGCAA